GACGUUUCCUUGGUUACUGUCGCUACGGAAACCCACUCACUCAACACGCGUUGCUUACCAUAGCUGUCGCGCAGACGCUCUUUUACUCUCCGGAGAAAAUAAUGCGUUUCUGUUGGUCCUCACUGCAGGUUUAUUUCUACAAACUUGAUGUUUAAAGUGAAAGAGGAUCCAAAGAGAAGCUAACAAUGUACAGCCCAAAAGAGCUAGAAGGCGAAGUAGAUCAUUCGUUCUUCGACAGCGACUGUGACGCGAGUGAAGCCCAGUCAGAGAAGCCCGUCCACCGGGAGAAGGAGGAUAGGGACGGCACUGAUGAGAAGUUUCCCGACCAAUCCGAAUGCUCUCAAAUAGAGAAAAAAGUCGAGAGGCAUGAAGAGUUGGAAAAAGAGAAGCCCGGACUCGAGGAUCAGAGCAGCUUAGAUUUAAAGGGUGGUUCUGAUCCUAAAGGCCAAAGUAGAUUUAAAAUGGCAGACAUUUUUGAACGGAAGAAAAAGACUGAAGAAGAAACGGAAGAUGGAAAAACCUCGCCGCUUUCUCACUCCGACAUGUCUGGAUCAGACCUAUCGGAUGAUUCGUCCAGGGUCAGCUCGGAAGACGACGACGACAUUCACAAAAACGAGGAUGACGACCAGAGACGUCAGAGGAACCGCGCCAAAAAGUCCGGACGCAAACUCUUCGGUUUUCUCCGUCGCCAUUCGUCAUCGUCCAGUAGUAGAGAGAGAAGCCCCACCCCACCCGGCCAGGACCCCGCUGAUCAGAAGCAAAGGCGCCAAACCUCCGAAAGAAUCGAAUCUGAUGAUACAGUAACAGACGUUACACCUUUAUCCUCUCCGGAUGUUAGUCCCCAACAGGCAUUCGACCUGGCUCCGACCACUUCCACCGAUCCAACCCUACAUGUCCCACCAGCGGACACUUUGGACACCGCUCAUGAACAGCACCUGGUUGCAAAUACAGACGACAAGAAAUCCGUGGUUUUGAGCAUGAGCAGGCAGAUGGACAGCGUGCUGCUUGUGUCCAGUCCGGUCGGCAGCAGAAGGACCGUGGGGAGCGGUCAGCGUAAGAACUACUCGUUCACCAGCGCCGAGGUGCGACGCAUCGAACGUGAGAACCACCGGCUCCUGCACGAGCUCUCGCGCUCCUCCGCUUGUUUUUCCUCUCACGCCGCCCGACGCUCUUCUGCGCCGUCCUCCCGCCUGUAUCACAGCGGCCUCAACAGGAUGCGCGAUCAAGAGCGCAUCCAGCGGGAGAACACGGCCUUACUAAAGCGCUUGGAGUCAGUAAAGGCAACUCCAGGAAUGUCCCGUUCAGAACAGCUAACAGAUUUCCAGCGCCAAGCCGGAUACCUCAGAACACCUUUGUUUCACAUCAGACCUGCAUCAGGAAGAACAUCCAAAAGUUCAGCCAGUCCUCGCCGAAGCAGAUCCGAACCUGUGAAACCCAGCACGGCUCCGCGGCCAGUCAAAGACAUGAUCUUUUAGUCAGAACCCCCAAUGAGAAACCGCUCGCACACUUCCUGCAAAGCAGCACCUCAGAUCUGGGCUGCGAGAAGCCGAGGUUCUGAUGGAUCACUUUUGUAAGUAAGACCUUCACGACCAGGUGAUGGGCAAGUUCUAACGAUAAAUCAACAAGGAAGAGUUAAUAGAUGGUAGAGAACUGGUGACUGGUAAACAUUAUCUUUGCACACAAACCCCAGCACUCCAGAUAACCAGUCUCAUGUUACCAUUCACAAAAUUUGAAAUAAACAUUCAUGUCCAGAUGUUGAAUAAUUGCCUAGUUAAUUAUCUAAGUGGUUUGUUGUCCAACAUGUUCUACAUCACCCUGAAUUCUCUCUGUAUAACCCGAAGCUUUGAAUGUACACGCCAGAUUUAAAGUGUGUAAAAAAAAUUACAUUAGUUGCUUUUUUUUUCCGUCAUCGUUUCAGCCCUAUUUAGCAGGAUUUACUGCUGAUUUCAGCACUUUUUUCAAUAGCUAAAAUGCUUUCAGCCUAUCUACAGCUGCUUGCUUUCACCUUGCCUGAAAUGGCAGUAAGCCAAAAUGAUUAACGUACUCGUGAUUAGUUUUUUACGUGCCCAAAUAAAAUGUGGUGGAAGGUUAAAAAUCGUACAAUUUAAAUUAUUUACGUUAUAUAUUUUAUAUUGUCAAAUCUGCUUGUUGAAAUAAAAGUCGUUCAUUUCCCA